AUGGAGUUUUGCAUAAUUCUAAACCCGUUCUACCAUGAAUUGACUACACUGCCCUUCCAGAUGCGGAAUGAGUCUGCCGGAGUAUCACCUCCAUCAACAUGCUUAACGUUGAUCCGUCACCUCCAACUGGAAACCAACAUCGAAAACCCGACUUCUGUGAUACGUGGUAUAGUCCACAAAGACUCGGAGUACCGACAGUCACGGUGGAUGCAAGGCAUCAACAAGAACCCCACGUUGGCCACUUCUACUCCUCAGAAUCCUUCACCAAUGUACCUCCGUGAAGCGAGAACGGUCCAAGGCUCUGGUAAAAAACGCCGAAUCAAUACACAGAGCGUUGGUCUCUUGGAAGGGAAAUUCCUGCGACAAAAGAGAAGAACUUUCCUCGGGCAUCCCCACAUCUUCCCCCCAGGGACCUGCACCAUUCUGUCGGUUCCUACCGGUUCCACAAACGAAAGCUCUCGGGUUGUCUUCAGCAUAAGUCUUCUGUACCUAAUUUCCGAUCAAAACAUGGUCCCGCGCCGUUCUGUCGGCUCUUGCCGUUCCACAAAUGAAGAUGAAGUCAUGCUUGACAAGGCAUCAAUUUGGUCCUUCUGGGAUACGCAGCUGAAAAAUUAUCCCUGGCGCGGUUGGUGGUGGUACACCACGUCGAAUUAUUAUCUAAAUGACCACUCGACAGUCUCGACGAGGGGCUGUAACAGAUACUACUGGGAGAUAGAACUCAGGAAGCAAUCAAUAUUCAAUGUUGAUGCAGUCGAGUAUCAAUAACGCUAAUAAACUCUAGAUUCCAGAGUCUGAGUUCAAGAUGAGCAGCUUUGAAAUUCCGCUUCGAAAACGGC